GGCACCACCGUGCCAGGAUGUCUCCAAAAAGAACAGGGGAGUGUGCCUCACCGAGGAAUAUCUUUACAAUGGGGGACAAAUUCUUGCCACGCCGUAAAUCCUUCUGGGUGGACAGUCUGUCCUUCCGGAGCCUUGCCAUUUUCCGUUUUCAAGGGGGACUGCCGGACGUUGAGGGACCCUAGGCUUGGCUGUCUCCAGUUGAUUCAUCAGUCUGCAUCGCUCAGGGGCCUCACGGUAGAAGACAUUCAGAAAGCAAGGGCGUCUCGGCCAAAAGCCGACCAGGAGAGCCAGGGUAAAGUGCGGCAGAAGCUUAGCGAGAGAGCUCGGGAGAGGAAAGUGCCAGUUACCCGAGUGGGACGGCUCGCGAACUUUGGGGGUUUGGCCGUGGGUCUGGGCCUGGGGGCCUUGGCCGAAGUGGCGAGGAACUCCCUGCAAGGAGAGCCUGCUCCCAAGAAUGGAGACGCCCUGCUGGACUCCAACCCCUUCCUGUCUGAGGCCAACGCAGAGCGGAUCGUCAACACCCUCUGCAAGAUGCGUGGGGCGGCCCUUAAGAUCGGCCAGAUGCUCAGCAUUCAAGACAACACCUUCCUGAGCCCCGAGCUGCAGCAGAUCUUUGAGCGCGUCCGCCAGAGUGCAGACUUCAUGCCCCCAGCGCAGAUGAAGGGUGUCCUGGUGGGCGAGCUGGGCAGCGGCUGGCAGGAGAAAGUGGCCUCCUUUGAGGAGACUCCGUUCGCGGCGGCCUCCAUCGGGCAGGUGCACCGGGGGGUGGGAGGCCUCUUUGCAGACAAGGCCCUGCAGGUGCUGCAGAAGGAGCUGGGCUGGGAAUGCGACUACCUGCGGGAAGCCGAUUGCGCCAGGAAGUUCAGGCGCCUGCUGGAGGGAGACCCGUUCUUUGAGGUGCCGGAAGUGGUUGAUGAGCUGUCCACGCAGAGAGUCCUGUCUAUGGAGCUGGUGGGCGGCGUCCCUGUGGACCAGUGCCAGGCCCUGGAUCAGGAGACCCGCAACGAGAUCUGCUCCCACAUCCUCCGCCUCUGCCUGCGGGAGCUCUUUGAAUUCCGCUUCAUGCAGACCGACCCCAACUGGUCCAAUUUCUUCUACGACGCCAAGAGACACAAGGUGGCCCUGCUGGACUUUGGGGCCAGCCGAGGCUUCAGCAAGGAGUUUACGGACCACUACAUCGAGGUGGUGAGGGCGGCUGCCGAUGGCGACCGAGCCAAAGUGCUUCAGAAGUCCAAGGAUCUCAAGUUCAUGACGGGCUUCGAGAGCAAGGCGUUCGAGGAGGCGCACGUCGACGCGGUCAUGAUCCUGGGGGAGGCCUUCUCUGCCGCGGGCCCCUUCGACUUUGGCACCCAGAGCACGACCCGCGGCAUCCAGGCGCUCAUCCCCACAAUGCUGAAACACCGCCUGUGCUCCCCGCCGGAGGAGAGCUACUCCCUGCACCGCAAGAUGGCCGGCUCCUUCCUCAUCUGUGCCCGCCUGGGAGCGGUCAUCCCCUGCCGCGAGAUGUUCGAGGAAGCCUACCGCUGCUAUGCGGCGCAGGAGUGGGACUCAGCGUCAGCAGAGGGAAUUUAAUGCAAGGGAACGGCGCGUGGGCCAGGAGCCUCUGGGGGCGGAAUCCGUCCUUUCUGACGCCCAGUUGGGGUGCCCCCAUGAUUUACGGUGCAGGAUCCGCUUUGCCUUGGCUCACCGGAGCGGCUCCCAAGGAAUGGGCGUUGUGUUGGUGCCUUACGUUUUGCCUUCUCUGCCCCUCUCUGGCAAGACCCCCCCCGUGCCUCUGGUCAUCCCCACCGCAGAGAACCAGUCCCCUCCCUCCCCCCCCCACACGCACCAGUCCUCUUGCCCCUCGGGGGCACCCUGUAGCAGUGCAGGGGGCACUGCGUGAGGGCCAGGCCUUCUCUGCUGCCCCCUGCAGGCUGGGGGCCUCUGGUGCAUCGCCUGCCUCUCACCGCCCAGGGGAUGGGGCUGCCGGAGAGGAGAUCAUCAUCCGGGGCAAGGUCGCUGGAAUGUCGGACUAGACCAGCCUCCCCUGCCUUCCUGGCCCUCCGGCUGCCCUGUGCCCGUCUGUAUCCUGUGGGGGGUAGGAAAGGACGGUGUCGGUGGCAGCCGGUUCUGUGAACUGCAGAGGGAGAGAGCAAAGGAAAGGGGUGGGCUUUCGGAAGGGCCCAGCAACGAUUGAAGAACAUAGAAACAACGGAGAGAUCACGGGAAGGAUGCAAACAGUGACGAAAACAGCCGUGAUGUAGUAUUAUGAAAAUAUACAUUUAUAGACUGCUGUUUUUGCAGUGAGUAGUAUUUCCUCAGCAAGUAAUAAAGAUGUACGGGAAGAAUGUUGAGAAUCGUCGACGUGUGAACUAAUGUUACUCGCACAGCACACUUAGAAAAAGCGGUCAUGUGAAACGGUAGUCUAUGCAAAUCCCGUUGUGUGGAUGCGCACAUCUUUAUUGCUUGUUGAAGAAAUACCACUCCCUGCAAAACAGCAGUCUAAAUAUAUUUUCAUAAUACUACAUCACGGCUGUUUUCAUCAUUGUUUGCAACGACUGAAGAGCAGCAGCCCAAAGCCGGAAUGGGCUAGUUGGGGGCCGCAGGGGGUAUUGCCCGUUCGAACCCCCCCCUUCCUGCACAUGGAUGGCAGCCAGUCUUGCUUGGGAGCUUCUCCCCCCCCCUCUAGAUUUCUGGCCUCCUGUCACCUCCUCCCCUCCUUUUAAACCUUGGCUGUGGGCAUUAACCCCGAUGAAGGGGAGGAGGGAACCGGAACCCAGCCCUGAAGCUGGCGGUGGAGGGAGAGGGGCUUUCAGUCUUCCCUUCCUUGUCCUCUGCAGCAGGGGUGGGCUGUCUGUUGGGACAGAAUUGGGGGUCUCCCCCUUUUUUACUCCAGUUGAUUUUUUUUUCCCAGUGAAGGGGGCUGAUUGUGGGAGAAAAGGGGAAGGGAGUUCAGUUGCAGUGUGAAAUGUUUACAUGUGUGGGGGGGGUGGCGUUUUAUUCUCUGGGUCCAUGACCCCCCGUUUUAUCCUGGGCGUGGAAGCGUGUCUGCCUCAGCCGUAUUAAAGUUCCAC